AAUGGCACGUAUUGAAGUGUCUACAUAAAGUUGACGGACGUUUGGUUUUGUAUGAACACUGUUGGCUUUGAUUCCAUUUUAUGUCCCGUUCGUUAAAAUGGCGCAUCAUUGAAUUUUGGCACUCGUACCAUUUAAUAUUUUGUUCUGUGGAAUGCUUUAUCUCCGUAUGUUUUUUCAAAGCGAAUUUCUGACAGAAAUAAGUUGUCAUAGUUUUGGGUCUGAUAUUACUGAGACGUAAAAUGGGUUGCCUAUGCAGAAAUAUUCAAGCGUGAAUAUAUAAUGUGUUGCCUAUAUUAUCCAAUUUAUACCUGGUGGUGACUUUUUUUCACUGUAUUCAAAAAUUACGAAUAAUAUCAUCAAAUUUUCAGUAAGAAGAAAGUCUGUCUUCUCCACCGAGUUUUUAGCUAAUUAACUAGGAUAAAUCAUGUUGGAAACCACAGCGUGCUUAAAAAAGACCCAUGACUCCAGAAUUUGCCCCCAUGGUGAACCACCUUUCAACUGUGAACAUUCCACCAUCAAGAAUUACUCCUGCGAAAGCUGUGAUUACAAAACAGAACUUAAACUUCUUUUAAAACAGCACGUGGAACAGCGCCAUGGCAUUAAAAAAGAAAACGAAGAUUCAACAAGUGAGAAAUACGUAAUACAACUUUAUAUUUGUGAAAAGUGUAGAUUCGAGACACACUUCCUAAUCAAGUGGGUUCAACACACUAGUACAUGUUUAGAAAGUAAAACUAACCCCAGUUUGUUUGAAAAUGAAGACGACAUUGUUAAAUGGUACGUAUGUAAAGAGUGCCCACUCAAAACCAAGUACAAGUCUGUGUUAAAAACCCACAUAAACACGCACCACUCAAAAGAUAUUAAAUGGCAUGAGUGCCAAAUAUGUCCAUAUCGAAGCAAAUACACCUCUAACUUAAAAAGCCAUGUGGUGAGACAUCACCACGGUCAAGGUAAGUGCUACGAGUGCCAAAAAUGCCAAUUCAAAACUAAGUACAGAUCAGCGUUAAAGAUCCACACAAUGACGCACCACGUCGACACCAAACAUGUUAAAUGGUAUGAAUGCCAAAUAUGUCCAUACAAAAGUAAAUACCCCCCUAAUUUAAAAACCCACAUGCAGAGAUAUCAUUCCAGAGAAGCUCAAUGGUACGAAUGUGAAAAAUGCCACUACAAAACCAGACACAAAUCAGCUCUAAAAAUGCACACCAACACGCAGCACACAGAAGAUAUUCAAUGGUUUGAAUGUGAACAAUGUGCAUUCAAGAGUAAGUACAGGUAUAAUUUAAAAAGCCACACAGUUGCACAGCAUUCCAACAAACAGGAUCUUACCUGGCACCAAUGCAACGAGUGCCCUUAUAAAUCUAUAUACAUUUCUAGUUUACGAAAGCACGUCAAUGCCAAACAUCUAGAACCGGAGAAUGUUAAAUGGUACGAUUGUAAGUGGUGUCCAUUUAAAAGCAAACAUGGAUCUUCUUUAAAAGAUCACGUAAAUGCGCGCCACUUGGACGGGAACGAUAUUAAAUGGUUUGAGUGCAAAUCUUGCGAAUAUAAGACUAAAAGCAGUUCGUCUUUGAACGAACACGUGAAGAGGCGCCAUUUACCUAAGCAGAAGGGUGAUGUUAAAUGGCAUGAAUGCCAGAUAUGUCCUUUCAAAACGAAGGAAAGAUGUAAUUUAACUCAGCAUGUUAGAAGGCGGCAUAGGGAUAAAAAAGAACCGGAUGUUAAAUGGCAUGAAUGCCAAAUGUGUGAGUUUAAAAGUAAAGACAAGUCGAGUUUAAAUAGGCAUUUGAAGAGGGUACAUGUGGACGAAGGACAAGAAAAUAAGUGAAAUUAAAUAUUUCUGUAAAGACUGUUAGGGUUAAAUUUAAUAAAUCGUAUCACUGAG